CAAGCUUGCUUUUCACGUGUGCUUUUCUUUGGUUUCAUUGUGGAGUUGUUGUUUUCGGGCCAAAAGAAGCGUUUUUCAGAGAUUAAGAAGAGUUUCCUGGUCUGGCAGAAAGGCCCGGUAUCUUGAGGGCGUCAAGACACACAUGGCAUCAACAGAAGAAGCGGUAAAAAGUGAGAAUUCGCCCGCCCAACCAGGUAACCCAUCGGAAACAGCGAAACCAGCUCAGCCCGUUGCCACAAAUCCAGUGACAUCUACUGGCGCUGUAAAGAAGCCAAACUAUAUACUGAAAUACACCUUAUCAGGACAUACAAAGGCCAUCUCAUCUGUGAAAUUCAGUCCAAAUGGAGACUGGCUGGCAAGUUCGUCUGCAGACAAGUAUAUAAAAAUAUGGGGAGCUUAUGAUGGAAAAUUUGAGAAAACAAUCUCAGGACACAAACUGGGUAUUUCAGAUGUGUCUUGGUCUUCAGAUUCAAAGCUACUUGUCUCUGCAUCUGAUGAUAAAACACUGAAAAUUUGGGAUUUUGCCACUGGAAAGUGUCUGAAGACACUCAAAGGACAUAGCAAUUAUGUGUUUUGUUGUAAUUUCAACCCUCAAUCUAACCUCAUUGUGUCUGGAUCGUUUGAUGAGAGUGUACGUAUUUGGGAUGUCAAGACAGGAAAGUGCUUGAAGACAUUACCAGCUCAUUCAGACCCUGUGACAGCGGUUCAUUUCAAUAGGGAUGGUGCUUUGAUUGUGUCAAGCAGUUAUGAUGGCCUCUGUCGUAUUUGGGAUACAGCUUCAGGGCAGUGCCUUAAAACUCUAAUAGAUGAUGACAACCCACCAGUAUCAUUUGUGAAGUUUUCACCCAAUGGAAAGUAUAUAUUAGCAGCCACAUUAGACAAUACAUUGAAGUUGUGGGAUUACAGCAAAGGAAAGUGCUUGAAAACCUAUACAAGUCACAAGAAUGAGAAAUACUGUAUUUUCGCAAAUUUCUCAGUAACUGGUGGCAAGUGGAUAGUGUCUGGGUCAGAAGAUAACCUGGUGUAUAUCUGGAACCUGCAAUCCAAAGAAGUUGUGCAGACACUUGAAGGGCACAGUGAUGUGGUCCUUUGUUCUGCCUGCCAUCCAACUGAUAAUAUCAUAGCAUCUGGUGCCCUAGAGAAUGACAAAACUAUAAAAAUCUGGAAAUCUGAUUCAUAACAGGAGAAAUGCAAGCACCUGAGUUUCUGCAAUGCUGUUGUGCUAAGGAAAUAUAGUAUUACUUUUCAAACCUUAACACUUACUUCCAUGUAACGUCCCUUUUACAAAAUCAAUACUUCCAGAAAGCAGGUGAUCAGAAUAGACAAACUCAUAUAACCUCAAAAGUUUUCUCUGGAUAAUACACCCAAUUCUUAUCACUCAUUCACAAGGAAUUUACAGCUGGUAUAAGGGAGACUUCUCUUUCUGAUUUUGGGGGUGAAGGGUUGAUAGUUAUGGCCAGAUUUGCUGCCAGUAGUGACAAACCAUUUCUCCCCUUUUUGUGUAGAGCUACUGUUGUCAGCACCACUUUAACUGUAUCCUUGGCUUACGUUUUACUCAAUUGAUAGUCAUCUUUUCUUUUUGAGUUUCCCAAGCCAGUCAAAGGGCUAGAGAGAAAUAGGAUGCAGUAGCUAGUGUGCUUACUUUGAACAGUGACCUGAAACAUGGUGGUCAAACAUCUGAGCAUGUGCAAACCUUGUUAUGAUUAGGUGACACAAGUUCAGGUUGUCAGAACCAAAUUAAGCAACUACACAAGCUACUUCUUUGUUAAGAAGUGUCACUUAUCAUUUAGGAGGCAAUUUCAGAAACUAAGUUCUCCUACGGAGAUUUGUAAAUUGCAUACAUGGGAAUGCAAGGCUGAAUUUUGUACUUAUUUCUGGCUUUUAGUUCUCACUCAAGUUUUGUGUUGCAUAAAUACCCUUUAAUGUUUGUAUUAUAUUGUAUUAUUGUGUAAUUGUGUUUUAAAACAGGACAUAGAUUCUGAUACAAUCCUUACUUGUAAUUAGUCUAAAGAAAAUAAACAAAAAUGGAAAAAUAUU